CGUCAUUAAUCAAACCAAUAUCAUGGCACGGAGGGGCGUAGGAUAUAAGCGAAAGUGGAGAGAGGGAGUAAGAGAUUAGGAAAGUAAAGUAGAAAAACCCUCGUAGAGAUUUCUUCACCGUCCGGCAAGUCAGCAUGAGUCGCUCAAUCGUUGUCUUCUUGUUGUUGUUUCUUGUCUCAAAUCCAUCACCUUGUAGUUCCUCUUUUACUUUCCCAUAUUCCAACUACCACAUCCUCCUCUCUCUCUCUCAUUCCCUCUUCUCCCGUGUCGCCAAUCUCCGUGAAGCGCGUGGUGACUACCAUGCCGCUGACCGAGCUCGAUCCAUUGCUAGAAUAUUGGAGAAUGGUUUGGAUAGUGGUAGUUUCUGGAACAUCAUGUGGAGUGUUGCUUGGGAUUAUGAUGGGAGAGAUGCUGCUACCUCGUUUGAUAUGUCUGAGUUGAAUGAAUUGUUGCGUGGUCUUACUGAGUUUUCCCCUCUUGGUUCCGAUAGGGAAAGGGUUGACUGGAUUAAUCGGAAUUAUCAUAAUCUUUUGAAAGUUUCGACACCUCUUUUUGGUAGAUUGAGGAAGGUCUUUCGACAAUCCGGUGAGGCACUUUGGAGAGAUGCAAAAAAAAACAUGGAACAUACACUAGCUAAGCUCGAAAUUGGGUGGAUUCCUGCACUAGCGAGGAAACUAACCAGCGAGCCACAACUCAAGUAUGUCAAGUCAGUUGUUUUUGUACUUGGUCUAAUAUUUUUUAAGCAGGGUCCGCUGAAGGAAGUAAUAGAAACACUUCAGAAGGAAGUCUUAGAAGGCGAUUUGCCUAAGGACUGCCUUGAAUUGGGAACUACUGAUUUGAAGGGCCUACUCAUGGUUUUCAAGGAUAUUUCUUCAAAACAUACCUCUACUUCCUCUACCGGGGCAGACCUGUGACUGAGUGAAGUUGAAACCAAGGUGUUAUGGUUAACUCUUUAACUACGUUGUGGCUUUCCAGUGCAGUACCAACACAAGUGCAAAAAGAUCAACGUAGAAGUAGCUGAACUUUUUGUUUUUCAGGCUUGUAUUAUAAUUUAUCGGAAACAGCCUCCUUACCUUCCGAGGUAGGGGUAAGGUCUGCGUAUACUUUAUCCUCCCCAGACCCCACAUUGUGGGAUUUCACUGGGUAUGUUGUUGGUGUAGUUGUUGUAUUAUAAUUUAUACGUGACUUGUUAAGAACCAAAACUAUCAUCUGAAUGUUUUUGCUAGCAUAAAAGUAGCUGAUUUUGUUCAAUGAAAAAAAGACUUCUUUGGUGGGACUCCUCUAGUAGUAGCUACCUGCCAUGGGCUGUA